CCACCCCUUUCAAUUUAGACAAAUAAACAGCGACGUCUUUCCUUCCUAAAUUCUCGACUAAAUCUCGCUUUUGAAAUCUCCUGACGAAAUCAAUAUACCUGUGCUUCAUCAUCUACUAGUUAAUCUUUAUCACCAUAUAGCUUAAUCUCUGGUCAUUUUUUUUGGCCACUUUCAAAAUCCAUUGAACUACUGAAUGGUGAUGGAAUCAACGGCUGAAUUCAAUGACGACGAUAAAUUUUCAGAAUCCAAUCAACUUUUACCCCAAAAUCCAAAAAAACCAAUCGAGUUAUUUGAAGAACUUGAGGAAGAUUCAGAAGUUGCGUACGAAUCAGGCGAGAAAAUAUGCAUAGAAGAUUUCGAUGUCGAAUCGCUCAGUGAUUACACAACUCCAGGACCCUUUUCAUGGAAGAAACUAUGGCGAUUUACAGGUCCAGGGUUUUUGAUGAGUAUAGCAUUUUUAGAUCCGGGUAAUUUAGAAGGGGAUCUACAAGCAGGAGCUAUUGCUGGGUAUUCAUUGUUGUGGCUAUUGCUUUGGGCUACGGCAAUGGGGCUUUUGAUUCAGCUGCUUUCGGCUCGAAUCGGAGUUGCUACUGGUAAACAUUUAGCUGAGCUUUGUAGAGAGGAAUACCCGAAUUGGGCGCGAUACUUGUUGUGGAUCAUGGCAGAAAUCGCUCUCAUUGGGGCGGAUAUUCAAGAGGUUAUUGGAAGUGCAAUUGCUAUUCAGAUACUUAGCCGUGGGGUUUUGCCCCUUUGGGCUGGUGUUAUCAUCACCGCGUCUGACUGUUUCAUGUUUUUAUUUCUUGAGAACUACGGAGUGAGGAAACUAGAAGCUGUUUUUGCAGUUCUCAUUGGGACAAUGGCUCUGUCAUUUGCUUGGAUGUUUGCUGAUGCAAAGCCCAGCGGAAAGGAACUUCUUAUAGGUGUUCUAGUGCCUAAACUAAGCUCAAAAACUAUCCGGCAAGCUGUUGGAGUUGUUGGUUGUGUCAUAAUGCCACACAACGUUUUCUUGCAUUCUGCAUUGGUGCAAUCGAGGAAAAUAGAUCCCAAGAAGAAAGGACAUGUGCAGGAGGCCCUUAAUUAUUACUCAAUUGAGUCCACCAUAGCCCUUCUAGUGUCUUUCAUGAUAAAUUUAUUCUUGACUACCGUAUUUGCUAAGGGAUUUUAUGGCACGAAACAAGCGAGUAGCAUUGGCUUGGUGAAUGCUGGACAAUACUUGGAGGAGAAAUACGGAGGAGGAUUAUUGCCAAUUUUGUACAUAUGGGGGAUUGGGUUAUUGUCUGCUGGGCAGAGUAGUACCAUAACUGGCACUUAUGCUGGGCAGUUUAUCAUGGGAGGUUUUCUCGACCUUCGCUUGAAGAAAUGGCUAAGGGCAUUAAUCACACGGAGUUUUGCCAUAGUGCCAACUAUGAUUAUUGCUAUAGUUUUUAAUACAUCUGAAGCUACAUUGGAUGUUCUGAAUGAAUGGCUUAAUGUGCUCCAAUCUAUACAAAUUCCAUUUGCUCUUAUCCCACUUCUUACCUUAGUGGCAAAAGAGGAAGUGAUGGCUUCUUUCAAAGUUGGGCCAAUACUUCAGGUGAUAACAUUAGAUGUUCUUUAUGAAGACGCUUCAAUGGAGAAAAAGAAAAUGAAGUGAUUCGCGUUCUACUUAAAUGUACCUCUAGACAAGAGAAGUUGGUCGUGCUUACACGUUAUCAGCCUAGACUGAAAUGACAAUACCUGCUUAUGACCUAGAUCAGAAAAUUAUGGACCCAACCUGAAUGUUUCAUUUCGCAUAUCUAAUUGCAUUCCUUGAUUCCUAUUGAUUUAUGCUAGAAUGUUUCUCAAAGGUUUUCUGGUGUUGCUGAUACAUUGUUUUUUUUUAUUGGAGAAAGGAUGAAAUUUGUUUGGUAACAUGUAGAUUUUAGCAUUACAAACAAAAGUAAGAACAAAUGACUAGUAAAACAAGAAAACCACUGAUCUCAUAACUGAGCAUCCUAGAUGCCUAGUCAAGUGACUAGCGUUGAGGGAUCCGAAACUGUUAUAAACGGAAUUGCACAAAUAAAAUAGUAAGAACAAUGUUACCGAGAAUAAGACUGAGUCGCGGACUAUGUCGCUCUCUUUAGAACAUUCGCGGCACUGCCUCAAACUUGUGCAAGCAGCUCGUACCAAACCGGAUGCCCCCAGGAUAAAACAGUCUUUCACAAGUAUAAAAAUACCGGCGGUUUUGCACCGAACCACCGGACAACGGAACACCAGAAAAUCAGAAAGAAACAGCUCGACUGUUUUGAGAGGAAGAGAAAAUAUAUUUUGCAAAGUGGUUUUCUGUAUUUUUUUCCGUGUUUUUAAAAACAAAGCUGGAACCGUCCUUUUAUAGGUAAAGAUACGUAACAGCUUAAGCAUGAAAACGGGAGAAAGAUUAGCAACGUUUACUGCAAUUAGUGUAUUCGUUAAGCAAGAAUCAAGGCAUUAAAUCA